AAAGCAGUUUGCAUAUUUUUCAUUGCCUUUUUUUUUUUUUUAAACUUUCUGCCUCCGAAAGACACCUCCCUUUCAGAGCAGGAAUUUCCCUUCAAGGUAGCAGGAGAUGGACGUGUGCUGCUUGCUCCAGACUUUACAGACCUGAUUCUGCGGCAAAAACAAACGCUGUGUGCCUUGGCCAGCUAGCGUAACCAGGAGCAAUCGCGCUGCCAACCCGGGGGCUCGGUCCCAGAACAGGCAUGCGCCUAUGGAUUCCGAGAGACGGGUCAAGGAGACUGAUGACAUUGAGAGUCCCAAACGUAGUAUCCGAGACAGUGGCUACAUAGACUGCUGGGAUUCCGAGCGCAGCGACUCCCUGUCUCCCCCUCGCCACGGCAGAGAUGAUUCCUUCGACAGCCUGGAUUCCUUUGGCUCCCGUUCCCGGCAGACCCCUUCACCAGAUGUAGUCCUCAGGGGAAGCAGCGAUGGGAGAGGAAGUGACUCGGAAUCCGACUUGCCACAUCGGAAGCUGCCAGAUGUGAAGAAGGAUGACAUGUCUGCGAGGCGGACUUCCCACGGUGAGCCGAAAUCAGCAGUGCCUUUUAACCAGUACCUCCCGAACAAAAGCAAUCAGACGGCCUACGUCCCCGCUCCUCUGAGGAAGAAGAAAGCAGAGCGAGAGGAAUACCGCAAGAGCUGGAGUACUGCGACCUCCCCCCUGGGUGGGGAGAGGCCCUUCAGCUGUCCUGAAACAAUAGAGGAAGAGGGAAGUGAAGUGGGGUCUCCUUGUGAAGAGGACCCAGUCGGCCCAGUGGAUCCUGGUGGGAAGUCUUCUGAUGGUGGGUUAGAAUUGCCCACUGGCAGUGGCCAGGAGCAGCCUCCUCCAGAGGGGGCUGUGGAGGCACCAGCUCCCAAGUCUGAAGAAAAAGAUGCCGUUGAAAUCCAAAAGCGCCGAAGGCUAGAACAAGCUGGAAUCAAGGUCAUGCCUGCGGCACAGCGCUUUGCCAGUCACAAGCAAUUAAGUAAUGAGAAAGAAGCUGUUCAUGACAUUAACCUUCGCAAAGGAAACCCUUUCCUGACCCACCAACGGGGCAAAGAUUCAGAGUCGGAAGAGGAAGUUGCAUGUCGGCGGCCUGAUCUUGAGAAAGAUGACUUUGCUGCAAGGAGAGCGAGGAUGAACCAGACCAAGCCAGCAGUGCCAUUGAAUCAACUCCUCUAUGGGCCUCACCGAAAAAAGGAGGCAGAGAAAUCAGAGAGCAGCAAACCGCUCUCAAAGGGAAUUUCAGAAAAGAAAAGUCUAGAAUAUAAAAGAAACCAGGGCCAAACAGAAGAGGUGAAGUCAAUGGUGACCUGUAUCACUCGGACUCAGGAGAGCGAACCGGCAGAAUUGGGAGUGAGGAAGGUGCCAGAUCUUUACAGGGAUGACCUGGCUCAGCGGAGAAUUCAGGGCCACCUCGCCCCUCACCGAGAGGCUCCGAGAUUUGUCACAGUCUCCAAUAUCACCGAAGCUGACUUGGAGACGUGGGAGAGACUGAAAGUGUCAGAAAAGACGAGGGAUGGAGAUGUUGAGCACAUCUGUGCCCCUGAGCCUUCACCAGAAAUUAAAGCAGAAACUGCCAUUCGUGAUGAUUUUGCCAGCCGCAAAGCAAGGGCCUAUAAGAAAGCUUCCAGCCCCCGGCAGAAGUUUGUGCACUUUGGACCCGUGACAGAGAUAGAUCAGCAGAAAUGGAAGCGGCUCAGCAUCGGCCAGGCUGGGCCUAGGGAGGAGGUAGAAGAAGUCCUCAGUCGUGGCAGCAAGACUGAAACUUACUCUGUCCCCCCUUCCUCCGCGGCCACGUCCAGUUUAGAAAAAGACCAAAUGCUUACUCCACAAAAUGACCCCAGAAUAGUGAAUUCUGGCGUCGCUGACUAUUGCAAAAGGGUCUCGUGGCUGGCUUCUGUGCUGGAGACCCAGGAGGAGCAUGUGUGCAGUUUGAGCGAGCGCCCGGGGACAGAGGAAGCGACAAGCAAACAGCUGCCACAGGUUGGCAAAGAAGAGAAGGAAGGAGCUGCUCAAAGAGAUUCUGCGAGGCCGCCAAAGGCUGAAAGACCAGAGGAGAGCAGCCAGCCACCUUUGUGUCCCCCGGCCUCUGAAUGCAAGACUUCGGGGACGGAAGAGAGCUCGGAGAAGAUGACAGCCAGGAGUGGCAGUGGACUGAAAGGCCAAGGAAGGUUGUAUGAUUCGCAAAAAGAUGACAUGAUGGUCAGGAGAACCGGGAUGUCUCUUAGACGCGUUGGAUCCAAUGUAAACCAGUUCCUUCCAGUUCCAUUUGCAAAGCGACAGGAUGUGGAGGCAUCUGCCAAGGGUCCACCAUUGAAGGAUAAGAGAUACGGUCCGAGAACUCCUGUGUCUGAUGACGCAGAGAGCACGAGUAUGUUUGACAUGCGGUGUGAGGAGGAGGCCACGGUGCAGCCACACAGCAGGGCCCGCCAGGAGCAGCUGCAGCUGAUAAAUAACCAGCUGCGGGAAGAGGACGACAAAUGGCAAGAUGACCUGGCUCGUUGGAAGAGCCGUAGAAGAAGUGCUUCUCAGGACUUAAUCAAGAAAGAGGAAGAAAGGAAGAAAAUGGAGAAGUUACUGGCUGGAGAGGACAGAACAAGUGAACGAAGGAAAAGCAUCAAAACUUACAGAGAAAUUGUUCAAGAAAAAGAGCGGAGAGAGAGGGAGUUGCAUGAGGCCUAUAAGAGCGCACGGUCCCAGGAGGAGGCGGAGGGGAUCCUUCAACAGUACAUCGAGAGGUUCACCAUCAGUGAGGCUGUUCUCGAACGCUUGGAGAUGCCAAAAAUUCUGGAAAGAAGCCAUUCCACAGAGCCAAACUUAACCCCCUUCCUGAACGACCCUAGCCCCAUGAAGUACCUGCGGCGACAAUCACUGCCCCCACCCAAAUUCACUGCCACCGUGGAGACCACCAUCGCUCAGACCAGCGUUCUGGAUACCAGCAUGUCAGCAGGCAGUGGGUCUCCAAGCAAAACCGUCACCCCCAAAGCAGUGCCUAUGCUGACACCCAAGCCUUACUCCCAGCCCAAGACCUCUCAAGAGGUUCUGAAGACCUUUAAGGUAGAUGGGAAGGUCAGCAUGAAUGGAGAAACGGUUCAUGGUGACAAGAAGGAGAAGGAGAAAGAAUGUCCCAUGGUGGCACCUGCCUCCUCAUUAACAAAAUCCCAGAUGUUUGAAGGUGUGGCCAGAGUGCGUGGGUCCCCAGUGGAGCUCAAACAGGGCAACAGUAGCAUUGAGAUCAACAUAAAGAAGCCAGAUUCUGUUCCCCAAGAACUGAGAGCUGCCAUGACAAAGUAUCACCAACGGAGUGGCUUAACCAUCAGAAAUGAAUUGUCUCAUUGUCGUGCUGGCCAGAAGUCCAAAAUCAAGACUGAUUAUAUAGGCUACCGAAGAUCUGGUGAGUCCCCUGGCCCCGCCAGCAUCCCGCUGAGAGUUCAGAACUCUUGGCGACGUUCCCAGUUUUUCUCCCAGUCAGUGGAGUCUCCGGGCAGUGAAAAGUCACCUGUAACUACACCUUUUAAGUUCUGGGCAUGGGACCCAGAAGAGGAGCGCCGGCGACAGGAAAAAUGGCAACAGGAGCAGGAACGUUUGCUCCAGGAGAGAUACCAGAAGGAACAGAACAAGCUGAAAGAAGAGUGGGAAAAGGCCCAGAAGGAGGUGGAAGAGGAGGAACGCAGAUACUAUGAGGAGGAGCGCAAAAUAAUUGAAGACACUGUGGUUCCAUUUACUCUUUCUUCAAGUUCUGCAGACCAGCUGUCUACAUCCUCCUCUGUGACUGAAGGCAGUGGGAAAAUGAAUAAGAUGGACUUGGAAAACUGUCAAGAGGGAGAACAAGAGACAAGACAGAAGAAACCACUCCAGGGGGACAACGAUGAUUUAUUGCUUAAGGCUCGGCAAAAUCAUCCACCAGAGGAAAUGGGCAGUUUGGCUCCUCUACCGUGUUACAGGAAAAGCCCUCGAGAGAAUUUCCAGGCUGGGCACUUGUCCCCUUGUUCUCCCACCCCUCCUGGCCAAUCACCAAACAGGUCCAUCAGUGGGAAGAAGCUGUGCUCGUCCUGUGGGCUCCCUCUGGGCAAAGGAGCUGCCAUGAUCAUUGAGACCCUCCAUCUCUACUUCCACAUCCAGUGCUUUAGGUGUGGAAUUUGUAAAGGACAGCUUGGAGAUGCAGUGAGUGGGACGGAUGUUAGGAUUCGAAAUGGUCUUCUAAACUGUAAUGAUUGCUACAUGCGAUCCAGAAGUGCUGGCCAGCCCACAACAUUGUGACGUGCUUUUCAAGCUUCCAGAUCACUCACCAUUUCUUUCUCGAGGGUGUCCCCUGGCGACCUUUUAACCAGAUCCCCAGUGCAGGGGCUUCUUGGCAUUUAUCUAAUUUCAGAAAGGCUGUUCUAAAAGAUGCUCUCUGUUCUUCUCUGGCGCAGCGUUUGUGUUCUUCCCAGUUUUUCGUUUUGGUUUUGAUUUUUGUUACAUUUUGGUUUUACAUUUGCACAGUCUAUACAAAAGAAUAUGGAAGUGUCGUGAUCCCGUAAUUCACAAAACGGUCUUAGCGUGAGCCAACAGGCUUAUGGUUUCAAAUGUGUUCUUCUCUUCUCUCAGAGUUUGUGAGAUGAAUGAUGCAAUAAACCUGUUUUGUUUCAGUAGUUCUAGGAAUUAAACACUUCAUGUUUACAGAAUUGAGCUGCAGAAAGUGCAAGACAUGCCAAUUUGAGAUCUUUCGUCUUCUAACAGAAGCAUACGAUUCAUGCAUUUCAGAAACUAAAAAUCACACCGUAGAGCUCUGAGCUAUAACUUGUUUUUAACGCAGAGACGCUAGUCUGAUAAUAUAUACUAUAAUCCCGAGACAUUUGUUACUUACCUUUGGGGUAGAAGUCCUACCAAUAAAUUAUUGCACCGUUAGUAUUAGAUUUUGUGUGCUUUGGAAGUUCUGUGAUUCAUAGAGCUGGCCCAUCAAAUAAAGCGAACCCUUGCAAUAUCAGCUAGACUUACACUGUGGGGACGUUGCCCAAGGGUAGGAAGAAACCGUAGGGAAAUAUUUCAGUCAUCGUCUCCAAAGUUAUUACCAACAUCGGUGAAGAAGUUUAAUCUCCAGAAGAGCGGUGGGUCAGUGAUAGCCGUGAGGGCUUUGUUGCUUGCUUCUCUUCAGGCUGUAGAUUGAAUAAGAGACUCCGUAUGAGGCCUAGGGAAGCUCUCAUCAAGAUCAGUCCAUCGUGAGGUGUGGCCAGGGCUCACCCUUGCCUGCAAGUUCUCCUUGAGGGCCCGAAGCAGAGGGGUCUGAAGCAAAGCAUUAAGACCCUCCUCCUAGAAUCCAGUGACAUAUGUCGUGAUGAGCCACCGAUGUGCAAUCAGCAAGAACCUCCAGCUCCCAGUGUGCCCGGCCCACUGCAGUGGACAUCUGCUCUCUCCUAUUUUCCUGUAUCACCAACACAAUUCUGCAGUUCUGGACCUUGCUCAUGGAGAAGUUUAGAGUGGAGCUCUUGUGGCUAGCUGGGUUAUUGUCUGCCCUGUGUGAUGAGUUUCCGCUGGCCAAGAAAGGAUUCAAGUUACUAAAAAAGCAUCACGUUUUAGAUCUCCAGGCUGUUUUCUUUAAGACUGGGGAAAGGGGAACUAUUUAUUCUGCCUUAAAAUGAUGGCAAAUAAGUGAAGAUGACAUUUUGUGAAUGUAGACUAUGGAUAUACUCCUAAUAGGUUAAUGUAGUCAUAAAAGGAGAUCAAGUAGAUGUUUUUCUGUUUAUGUAAGCAAUAAUUUUUUUUCUGUGUCUUAUCGAGUAUGGCUAGCAAUUAUUUAUUUACAUGCUAGACUGUUCUCUGCAUGCGGGUUCCAUGUAAGUGCAGAAAUUUCCUCAGCCACUGGAGGUAUCUUGACCAUUUUGUCAUUUGGAUGAGCUGUUAUUAAGAUUGAAAUUUACACAUCGUUUCAUUAAAAAAUUGUGCCUUAGAAAAUGCGAAGCUGUUGCACAUAGUGAUGAAUUAUGGACACAGUACAUUGAAGAGAGAUGAAAUCACUUCCAAGUCACCAAGACUUUUCAUGGAGGUGUUUGCUGUUUUACAGGAAAAAAAAAAAAAAAAUGAAAGCAAGAAAAAUAGAAAAAAAAUUAAAAAGUAAAAAGUUUUGAAAAUGUACAGAUUAAGUUCAAUAUUUUGAUUAACCACCUGCAUGUUUUAUUAAAUAUUUUGAUAAUGUGAUGUUUACACUUUGCAUGAUAUUAGCAGAGUACUUUACCACAAAUAAUGCACAAAACAUGUACAAUAUGAUCAUUCAUAACCGAUUUUUAUAGAAUACUUUUUACAUGUGGAACUCCAUCUGUUAUGUAAGGAUUAUAUGAAUAUUGCACAUUCUCCUCUGGUUUCACAAACCCAUUUAUACAUAUUUCUUAGUGAGACUCAUUGUACAUGUAUUGAAGCCUGAAUCGAGUCAAGAAAAAUAAAGCCCCAUUCUCCAACUACGAAAUGUGCUUUCCCAUAAUGAACAAUAGUCACCAGCACAGAAAAAUCUCCAACAUUUUCUAAAUUCUAAUUGCCAACUGUUUCUAUUUAUAUUUGAUUUAUAUUUCAUUUGGAGUCUGUUACAUGGCAGCUCGGGCAGACUAGAUCUUGUUUUUUCCAAUGCAGCGUAAUGAGUAUGAUCUAUUUCUUUUCAAAUAAUCUUUGAGAUCCCAGGGAAAAAAAAUGCGCUGCUCUCUUGAGCUAUGAUGGAAAUGCGUUUGUUUAAAAAACAGAUGAGGCAAGUGAGUGAUUUAUUGCUCCUGAGAAAAUAUAUCUGGUUUUUUUUCCCCUCAUACUCCAAAAGCUAGUCCUUUCUCUUUCUUAAGAAAAAAUGAGUAACUCUUUGUUUUUCACUAGCAAACUUCCAUGUCAUUUCUUCAUUCUUUCUAUGUAGUGUUAUUAAUGCAAUACAUAUUAUAGUUAUCUAUACACAGUGUAAGACUUAACAAACUGAAAUGAUCCACCUCAUAUGUGAGUCCGUCCAAAAGAUGUUACUGCUCUGGGUGGGCCAAUGUUCUAUAUGAGUUAUACUAACCUUCAUUUAAAAUAUUUAUUCUAAAAUGCCUCUGAGAAAUAGUAAAAAAAAAAAAAAUUAAAAGUUGUCUAAAUGCAACAGCUUUUAUAGUAAAUGUACAUUUAUAAAUAAAAUACUCAAAUCAA